UAUGGCCUGAAUCAGUUUUCUUUACUUAACAACUCAAAGUACUAUCAUGUCAUUGGAGGACUCCCCCCAGAUGCUAUGCAUGAUAUACUGGAAGGUGUGCUACAAUACAUUGUUAAAGAAUUAUUAAAAGAAUUCAUCUUUGAAAAGAGAUACUUCAAACUAGACGACCUUAAUAAAAGGAUGCAGGCAUUUGAUUUUGGUUAUCAUAAUGAUACCAAUAAACCUGCUCCAAUUCAAGCCCAAAGACUUCUUUCAUCAGACAAUAGUUUAAAGCAGCACGCAAAUCAGAUGUGGUGUCUUGGCCUACAUUUGCCAUUUCUUAUUGGUGACCUUAUAGAAGUAGAUGAUCAGCACUGGGGGUUACUCUGUACCUUACUUCAAAUUGUUCGUAUAAGUUUUACUCCAAUUGUGAGCAGAGAGCAAGUUUCAUAUCUUCAAAUACUCAUUCAAAAGUUAUUACAAAAUUUUAAAGAAUUGUUUCCAGAAUGCAGUAUCAUUCCAAAGAUGCACUACAUGGUUCAUAUGCCAAGAGCAAUACUUCAAUUUGGGCCUCUUGUGCGAAGUUGGUGCAUGCGUGAAGCAAAACACCAUUACUUUAAGAGGUUGGCAAUAGUGAUUGGUAAUUUUAUAAACCUACCAUACUCGUUGGCAAAGAGGCACCAAGAAGGAGUUUGUUAUCGCCUACAGUCUGCUGAAGGUGGAAAUAGCACGUUUAUUUGCAAAGGCACUGAAAUUGGGCCAGGUAAAACAUUAUAUGUUGGUGAUGUUGAAGAGAGUGGGCUCAUUCAAACAGAAUCUCCUGAAGUGAACAGACAAACACCAUUGUAUAGUACCAAAUGGAUUACUAUCAAUGGAACAAAAUAUAAAGUAGGAGCUACUGUCCACAUUGGUUAUGAUUAUGUUGAAUUUCCCCAGUUUUGGGAAGUUAUUGGUAUUUAUAUCAUUAACCAAAAUGUUGCAAAUGCCAUGUUUGUUGUUUCAAGAAAACAGACUGUCAGGUUUUCUGAACAUUAUCAGGCUUAUGAAGUUGCUCAGUCAAAACAGAAGGAAAUUAAAAUUAAAUAUUUUAAAGAGUUAACCUCACAUUUGCCAUUUAACUUGAUAAAGCCAUUUGGGUGUAACACAAAAUACAUUUGCCAUAGAUAUGAAAUAGAUGUAGAAUAAAUUUUACUUUCCUGAACACAGCAUAUUCAUGCAUUAUCGUAAUGUAUAUAUUAUGGCCUUUCAAAAAAGCUGAUUAUCUUUGGUAUAAAUUAUUCUAUUUACUGUUUAA